CAGGUCUUUUCUAGACUCCACAGCCCCAGCCAACGAAACAUCCGGCCCCUCGGCUCAGAGCUCUCCAGAAAGUUCCUCGCUGUGAAGCGGCUAUAAGAACCAGCCAUCUUCCUACAUCGCGGGUAGCAAAUCCAAAGAAAGCCGGCGCCGACAACACUUGACAAAUUGGAAUCAUGGUUCACGAAACUGGCUACUAUGAUCUUCUGGGUGUUAGUCCCAGCGCAUCACUGGACGAAAUUAAAAAAGCCUACAGAAAACUCGCAUUGAAAUACCACCCCGACAAGAACCCCAGUGAAGGAGAGAGGUUCAAGUCUAUAUCCCAAGCAUAUGAGGUACUGUCAGAUCCUCAGAAGAGAGAGUUGUAUGAUCAAGGAGGAGAACAAGCGAUCAAAGAGGGAGGCAUGGGUGGAGGACACAAUCCAAUGGACAUAUUCAACAUGUUCUUUGGAGGUGGUGGAAGGAUGCAGAGAGAGAGGAAAGGGAAGAACGUUGUCCACCAGCUAGGUGUUACACUGGAGGAGAUGUACCUGGGUGCCACUAGGAAGCUUGGACUUCAGAAGAAUGUCAUAUGUGAAAAAUGUGAAGGUUAUGGUGGUAAGAAAGGUGCCUUGGAGAAGUGCUCUAACUGCAAAGGUAGAGGAGUACAAAUUAAGGUGCAACAGAUUGGGCCAGGAAUGAUUCAGCAGAUCCAAAGCAUGUGCGCAGACUGCCAGGGACAAGGAGAAAAGUUUAAUUCAAAGGACCGCUGCAAAAACUGCAAUGGAAACAAAGUAGAACGCAAGAAGAAAAUUCUGGAAGUUCACAUAGACAAAGGUAUGAAAGAUGGUCAGAGAAUUACAUUCCAUGGAGAAGGUGACCAGGAACCUGGACUAGAGCCAGGGGAUGUAAUGAUUGUGCUGGAUCAGAAGGACCACCCUGUUUUCCAGAGACAGGAAGAUAACUUGGUAAUGAAGAUGAACAUUAAACUUGCCGAGGCGCUAUGUGGGUUCCAGAGGACUAUUCGAACACUAGACAACAGAACUCUUAUUAUCAACUCAUCACCUGGUGAAGUGAUCAAGCAUGGUGAUGUCAAAUGUGUCCAGAAUGAGGGAAUGCCUAUUUACAGGGAUCCUUAUGAUAAAGGACAGCUCAUCAUUCAUUUUCAGGUGGAAUUCCCAGAGAAACACUGGCUCCCAGAGCAUCUCAUGUACCAGCUGGAGAGACUGCUUCCACCCAGGGACGAUGUAUUGAUUACUGAUGACAUGGAGGAGGUGGACCUCUGUGAGGUGGAUGUCGAGUCUCAACAGAGAAAUCACAGUCGGGAAGCUUAUGAGGAAGAUGAUGAGGGUCCUAGAGCUGGAGUGCAAUGUCAAACGCAGUAAUGGUCCAUGAUACUGUAGAGCAUGUUUUGUUUUUUCUUGUUGUCAUUUUAUUUUUUGGUUUGUUUAUUGUGAAAGACCUGCCUUAAAAUGUAGUUUUUCAUAAGUCAACUUGCCGUUUAAAACCAUCUCUGUUAACAUUUUUGUGUACUCUCCAAGGACAGAAAUUUUCAGGUUAGUCAUUUCUGGUUUUCAGCUGUGCUUCUUGUCAAACUGUGUUUUGUCUGAUAUUUAUUAAAUAUCCCUGUGUUUUAUGUGUAUGUUUAUUAAGAAAUAUAUGGCACAAAAGCUGUCUUUUAUUCAGAAAGGACUACAUGUAUGCUUUCUGUGAAGGUAAACAUUUGUUAUUUCUCAAUAAAAAUCCCAGAAAGCUUUGAA